AUGUUCGGUGCUAACCUUGGCAACAUAGUCCUCAAUUCCACCGCUACCAAUAGUACUAUGAGUCAUGAAUCAGUACAAGAAGGUGGAGAAGGAGAUGGAAAGCUUGGUAACCUUUAUUUUAUUGCAACAAAACACACUAACAGCAAUACAUUAAUUAUCAAAUUAGCUUCUGUAGAUGCAAAUGAUACUCUCGUUAAUAUACAAAUUCAGGAUUCAAUAACAACAUCCGAAGGUAUCAUUUAUAUUUUGACUGGUGGGCCAGGUGUUGAUCCGUCAACAUUGAGUAAUACCAUUGAUAAUCCUAGUGCUGUAUCAAUCAUUACAAAGCUUAUAUGGGCAGUAGCUGACAAAUUUUCCAUCAUAAUUCCUUCAUGA